AUGGGAACAAUCAGCUACGCCACCGGGAUUGCUAUCCUGCAAUUUAUUGUUUAUCCAUUUAUCUUCGCCGCCUCCAUAUUCGUCUGGAAACGAGCAGGAUGGAGAGUUGGCAGCAAGAUUUGGCGUUAUCCCGCCGUUCUCUCCUUACUUCGAAUCGCUGGUAGCAUUUCUACUUUCAUUGCAAUCGAUCAUAACUCUCAUCAAGUCCAAAUUGCUAUUGCAGUUUGCCAACUGAUCGGUAUUGCACCUUUGGUACUUACAUACGUGGGAAUGUUGCGACAAAUUGAUUAUGAACAAAGAAUGCCUCCCAGGCGUCUCGCACUCGUCACUCUAGUCGCUAUCAUCGGCUUAAUUCUCGCCAUCGCUGGAGUUUCCACUGCCAAAACCUCCGCAGGGGAGACUUACAAGCCCGGAACAAUGGUCAAGGUAGCGAUGGCUAUUUUCCUCGUUGUAUUCGCCCUUACCAUGCUCCUGAGUGUCUGGCUCUUCUUCGCACUUUCUUCCUCUCUACUGCGAUACCAGAAGAAAUUGUUCCUCGCCAUCGCCCUCUCUGCUCCAUUUGUGCUGGUCCGAAUGAUCUACUCCGCCCUCUCCGACUACACUACCAUCCAGGCAUUUGAGCUCGGCGCUAACGAAACUGUCUACCUUUGCAUGUGUGUGUUGGAAGAGAUCGCUGCCAGUACUAUUAUCAUCGGUCUUGGCGUAUCAGCUGUUCUACAGCCUGACUUUGUGAAGCUUGAUCCGGCGAAAAUGAAGGAGAGGGAUCAGGACCAGCAGCACCCGGACGAGGGAAAGCCUCUAAGUGCGCAGGAUUAUAACACUGCUUACAAUGGUGCCAAUGCGGCUUACGACCCUGCCUAUCACGGAUCUCAGAGCACUGCUUAUAAUCCUACCUACCCUGGAGUUCCGCAAAAUACUGCGUACGACCCAGUUUACAACGGAGCUCCGGCCCCUGCUUAUCAUGGAGCUCAGAAUGUUUAG